UUAAAUAUUAUCUUUAUCUUGUUUAACAUGUACUACCCAUCAAGGGGUUUCGCGGGUAUACGAGUUUAUGGGUAAUAUUUCCCAAGAUUCUUUGGUAUCAAAUUGCGAGGCUGCGCGAAACACCGAAAGUUGAAUUUGCUAUACGAGGAAGAAAGAUAAAGAAAAUAGGAGAGAGAAACAAAAGACGUUCGAAUUUUAUUCGAUGUUACUUUAUCAUACAUUAUCGUAAAUAAUUGAAAUUUUGUUUUAUAAUUUAUAUCUUUUUCGAUUAACAAAUGGCACAUUGCUCGUAUAUGUAUCUUAUGUACCUUUCAUUUCGCCACGAUCAUGGUGAUCGCGAUUGUCAUCAUUAUAACCGCCUUUGUAAAUAUAAUAAUUAAUAUCGAUUCUAAAUAUCGUUGAUGACUAUAUAUAAUUAUUGGUACAGAAAAUGUUAUUGAUAUAAUGCUUUGCGCGUUAUUUGUGUUAAAAUCGUUACGCGGAUAUUCAAUAUAAUCAAUUGGUGGAUGUUCCUGAUUGCACGUGAUAUCUCUUCUAAAUGUUUAUACCUCGAAAAAUUCGUGCAAGUAUUCAUUUUCGUCGAUGCUUACCUGCGGACACGAAACUAAGACACAAAAUAAUGACGUGGAUCAUCGGCGAUCAUCGCGAAACGUUGUUUGUUCGCAGCUCUGGAUUUAUAGAGAAAUAUGUCGACACAAGGCGCAGAACUUUCAAAUCGUUUCGUGACUCGAGAUGUGGAAAUUAUGUCGGAUGAGACACAGAAUAAUCGUAUGGAUAUAUUGGAAUGUCUAUCCGUUUUAAUUAAUGAGAAUAACUCUGCGAAUGAUCAAACAGAAGGAUUAACAUUGGAUGAACAUCUACUAAGCGAUGGCACAACAUUGACAGCAGUAACAUUACCCGAUGGAACGCAAGCAUUCGUUGCCAAUAAUUUCAACGAUAAUGAUAUGGAUUUAAAAAGGCAAACAACAUUAGAAUUGGAGAACGGAGAUACUAUAUUGCUUCGCAAUGUAGCAGAACUUACCGAAGGUAAACCACUUCAAUUGGAAUUGGAACCAGCAACUUUAGUUCAAGCUCAUCAAACUACCAUAGAGAACGUUGAAAACUAUCCACGUGUGGAAUUUAUCGAUGGUAAUGCUUAUAUGGUAGCUGGUCACAUCGAUGUUAGUAAUGAUUUGUGGGAAAUCGAAGAUGGUAAAUUGAAGAAAAAGGAUUCGAAAAUUUUAUUAAACAAAUUAUCCACAUCGAGGAUAAGACAUCCUUGUCCAAGAGAGGGUUGUUCAAAAGUUUACAGUACGCCUCACCAUCUCAAGGUUCACGAACGAUCUCAUACCGGUCAACGACCAUACAGAUGCACGCAUCCAAAAUGUAAGAAGAGUUUCUCAACAGGAUAUAGUUUAAAAGCUCAUUUACGCACGCAUACAGGGGAAAAACCUUACAAAUGUCCAAAUGAAACAUGCGAUAAAAGUUUCAAAACAUCCGGAGAUUUAUUAAAACAUGUACGAACACAUACCGGAGAACGUCCUUUCUUAUGUCCGUUCAAUGGUUGCGGUCGUUCUUUUACUACGAGCAAUAUUCGGAAAGUUCACGUGAGAACGCACACCGGCGAACGUCCAUAUAAAUGUACACAACCUAAAUGUGGCAAAGCAUUCGCGAGCGCAACAAAUUAUAAAAAUCAUAUACGAAUUCAUUCAGGUGAAAAACCAUAUGUAUGCUCUAUUGAAAAUUGUGGAAGAAGAUUUACAGAAUAUUCUAGUCUUUAUAAGCAUCAUCUCGUUCAUACGCAACAACGUCCGUUCGAAUGUAAAGUUUGUUUUAGGAGAUACAGACAAAGUAGUACUCUCGUAAUGCACAAAAGAACUGCUCACGCGUUAAUAGACAACGAUGAUAACGUUGAUGUUCUUUGUAAAAAUUCUAUUCAAGAAUCAUCUAGUCGAAACAAAGAUAAACAAAAAAGAAAUAUUACACGAGACAAUGGUAAUUCAUCGUUAAAGAUUACAGAGAAAGAUGGGCAAAUACAGAUUUCUAAAGCAAUCGACGAUUUGAACGAUAAUGAAACGCAGAUUUUAUUAGUCGGUGAUCCUUCGCAUAUCGCGGCGCUACAGAAGAUCGAACUAAAUGGUGAAUUCGACGAGCAUGGUAUCGAUACUUCUUUCGAAGAAUUAAAUAUAAAAAUCGAAGAUAUAGAACUUGGAUGGCAUUGAUUACUUCAAAAUGAAGUAUAUUCAAUGAAUAUUAAUUGAAAACAUAAAUCAUCUAUUAUAUUCUUUUGUCUAUUUUGACAAUUUUGUCCGUUCUUUUUUUUUUUUUUUUUAUUAUAUAUUAUAUACAUAUUGUAAUUCACUAUCAAUUUUCAACAUCGAGAAGUAAAGAUAACUUAGGCUUAUUAAAUUAUUGGGAAUGGUCAUUGAUGAAGCGUUUCGUUUAUCGAUGUAAAAAAAAA